AUUAGAAGCCACCCAAUUUUCCAACUCCUUUUCCAAUUCUCUCUUUUUUCUUCCUGUUUCUCUGCCCCCUCUCUCUUCAGGGCUCACUGCUCAGCCCAUAACAACCCUUGUUAUCUCGCCUCCUCCCAAUCCUCCGCCUUCCACGGCGGCGGCACCAUUUGAGAAAAGAAAGAGCACCGAUCAUGUCAAGUUUAUAUGGUCAAAACUACUCACCUGCAAGAGCCGCUUCAUCUCCACAUAUAUGGGCCAAUCCAGAUGUUGAAAGUUCAUAUCUGGCAGAGUUACUUGAAGAAAAGCUGAAGCUUGCCCCUUUCAUGAGAGUUCUUCCCAUUUGCAGUAAAUUAUUGAAUCAAGAGAUAUUCAGGGUUUCAGCAAUGAUACCAAAUCAAGGUUUUAACGACUUUGACAGAAUGCAACGUGGUAGCCAAAGUCCUUUAAAUCCUUUAGACGUUAUCCCUGAUGUUGAACCUAAUGGUCUAAUCCGUUGGAAUGGAAAUGCAGGUUGGAGUCCCCUUCAACAAGAGAGAUUAGGCGUGCCACAAGGAUUGCCAAUGGAUCACUGGAAUUCUGCACCAGCAAGCCCAAGUUCAUUCAUCACAAAGAGGAUCUUGCGUUUGGAUAUACCCGUUAACAGUUUUCCAAAUUUUAACUUCGUUGGGAGGCUUCUGGGUCCUAGAGGCAAUUCAUUGAAGCGGGUUGAAGCCUCAACUGGGUGCCGUGUCUUCAUCAGAGGCCAGGGCUCCAUUAAAGAUCCUGAAAAGGAGGAGAGUUUGAGGGGUAGACCUGGCUAUGAGCACCUUAAUGAACCACUUCACAUCUUGAUUGAGGCUGAGUUGCCUGCAACCAUCAUUGAUGUACGUUUGAGACAAGCACAGGAAAUCAUCGAAGAGCUGCUUAAACCCGUGGAUGAGUCUCAGGAUUUGUACAAGAGACAACAGUUAAGAGAACUUGCUAUGCUAAACUCCAAUUUCAGAGAAGAUAGCCCGCAGCCCAGAGGCAGUGUGUCACCUUUCGGUUCAAGUGCCAUGAAAAGGGCCAAAACUGGUUGGUGACAAACCCUGUACGUCCUUCUAUGCAUAAUGUACAACCCCUUGAUGUAUGAUGUCCAUUGUUGGUGGGCUCGAAUGGUGGAUCAAUACAAUCUUGCUGAAACCAGAUGACGAAACAAGGAAAGAGCUUGUUGUAGUUUUGUUUCACUUUUUUUUUUUUUUUGAUUGAUGUAGCUGCUUGUCGUUUUUGUUUUUGAAGUAGAAAUAGUAAUUGGAUUUAUUUGUUAUUGACAAUUUACAUAUAAGUUUAUGUGUUGAAAAUUGUUUGUGAGCUUGAAAGAUGAUUGUUUUUAAGUA